AUGCCGUUCGCACGAGAAAAACCACCGCAACUCGCACCCGGCGAAACACCGCCGGACAUCGUGGAGGUCGAAGGAGUCGGCCCGUUGGAUCUGCGUACGUUGCAGUCCCGGAUCAUCGGUGAUCGGGAUGGCACCGAUGUCGGGGUAUGGGGUGAUGCAGGCGAAGGUCUCCGGUACGACGCCGCUCGGAGGUUGAGGCCUUCUCGGGUAUUUCAGGAACUCGUCACGCUGGUGGACGGGCAGUUCGCGUUCAUCUUGCCAUUCGAUGCCGGGAAGAACGGUGAGCUCAAGUUCGACGGUUGGUUCCCGGACAUGAACGUCAUCGUCGAUGCGAAACACAUCUACGACUUCAUCUUCGACCGGAACGGUGAACCUUACGUAACGGACUUCCGGGGCCGUGUUUGGCAAAGAGAUUGGCCCAAGACCGCUCAGGCGCAGCUCGAUGCCCUCGCACAAGCCGGGAUGGACGCUGAGCUCGUGUGGGUGAUGCUCAACGAACAAUAUGCUGAACUCGCCUUGAGAGGCUUCGACGACGAGAACGUCGUCGGUGUCACGGUGGAAACUAUUGCGCAAUGGUUGGAAAGGACGGGGCGA